AUGGUGUCCCUCUUCUCCGGCCGCGUCCUGAUCCGCAACAACAGCGACCAGGACGAGCUGGAGACGGACGCCGAGUUGAGCCUCCGGCUGGAGAACCGGCUGGUGUUGCUGUUCUUCGGCGCGGGCACUUGUCCCAAGUGUCAGGCCUUCGCGCCCGUGCUCAAGGACUUCUUCGUGCGCCUCACCGACGAGUUCUACGUGCUGCGGGCCGCUCAGCUGGCCCUGGUAUACGUGUCCCAGGACCGCACGGAGGAGCAGCAGGACCUGUUCCUCAGGGACAUGCCUGAAAAGUGGCUCUACCUGCCUUUCGAGGACGACCUGAGGAGGGACCUCGGCCGCCAGUUCUCCGUGGAGCGCCUGCCGGCGGUCGUGGUGCUCAAGCCGGGUGGGGACCUGCUCACGCGGGACGCGACCGAGGAGAUCCAGAGCCUGGGACCCGCAUGCUUCGCCAACUGGCAGGAGGCGGCCGAGGUGCUGGACCGGAGCUUCCUGCAGCCCGAGGAUCUGGACGAGCCCCCGCCGCGCAGCCUCACCGAGCCGCUGCGCCGCCGCAAGUACCGCGUGGACAAGGCGGCGCGGGGCGGGCGGGGCGCCCGGGACGGCGACGAGGCCCGGGCGGGGGGCGGGGAGGGGGCGGGGCUGUUCUGA